AUGAACAUCCUCCUGACGGUGGCGCUCUGCCUCCUGCCUCUCAUCGUUUCCUCCCUGAACCUGGAAGAUCCCAACGUCUGCAGCCACUGGGAGAGCUACUCGGUGACGGUGCGGGAGUCGUACGCUCAUCUUUACAAUCAGGUUUAUUACACGAGCUGCUCGGACAUCCUGAAGUGGUUCAAGUGCACCAAACACGGAAUCAGCUACAAGACGGCGUACCGUCUGGGAAAGAAGACCAUGUACAGCAGGAAGUCUCAGUGCUGCCCCGGUUUCUACGAGAACGGAGAGAUCUGUGCUCCUCACUGUGCGGAGAGCUGCGUUCACGGCCGCUGCAUCGCGCCCAACACCUGCCAGUGCGAGCCGGGCUGGGGGGGCUCCAACUGCUCCAGCGCCUGCGACGGCGCCCACUGGGGUCCGCACUGCAGCAGCCGGUGCCAGUGCCAGAACGGGGGCCUGUGCAACCCCAUCACCGGGGCCUGCAUCUGCACCCCGGGCUUCCGGGGCUGGCGCUGCGAGGCCCACUGCGAGCCGGGCGCCUACGGGACCGGCUGCCAGCAGAAGUGCCAGUGCCGGAACGGGGCGGACUGCCACCAUGUGACCGGGGAAUGCACGUGCUCGCCCGGAUACACCGGGGCUUUCUGUGAAGACCUGUGUCCUCCGGGGAAACAUGGCCGGCAGUGUGAGGAGCGAUGUCCCUGUCAGAACGGGGGAGUGUGUCACCACGUGACGGGGGCCUGCUCCUGUCCUGCAGGAUGGACGGGUACAGUGUGUGGGCAGCCGUGUCCCGAGGGGAGAUUCGGCCAGAACUGUUCCCAGGAGUGCCAGUGUCACAACGACGGCGUCUGUGAGCCGUCGACAGGACGGUGUGUGUGCAGCGCCGGAUACACCGGAGAGCGGUGUCAGGACCAGUGUCCAGUUGGUUCUUACGGUGUCGACUGUGCAAAAACCUGCCGCUGCAAGAACAACGGCAAGUGUUCACACACCACCGGGGAGUGUGUGUGUGAGCCGGGCUUCAGCGGGGACACGUGCGACGUCCGGGUCUGUCCCGAGGGACACUACGGCCUGUCCUGCGACAGGAAGUGUCCGUGCUCCAGACGCAACACUCGCAGCUGCCACCCCAUGUCAGGAGAGUGCACGUGUCGGCCCGGCUGGUCGGGCCUCUACUGCAACGAGACGUGCGCCCCGGGCUUCUACGGGGAGUCGUGCCGGCAGGUGUGCCGCUGCCGGAACGGAGCCGACUGCCACAGCGUGACCGGAGAGUGCAGCUGCGCUCCAGGAUUCACGGGACCGGACUGCCUGGCGCCGUGUCCCGCAGGACGCCACGGCCUGAACUGCUCCUCCAGCUGCAGCUGUCAGAACCAGGCCCAGUGCUCCCCGGUGGACGGGUCCUGUUCCUGUAAACCAGGCUGGCACGGGGUGGACUGCUCCAUCAACUGCCCCAGUGGCAGCUGGGGGCAGGACUGUAACCUCACCUGCACGUGCGGGCCGGGCGGAGCCUGCAGCGCCCUGGACGGGAGCUGCACCUGCGCCCCGGGCUGGAGGGGCCAGCGCUGCGAGCUGCACUGCCAGGCCGGGACGUACGGCCUGGACUGCAGAGAGCGGUGUGACUGCAGCCACGCUGACGGAUGUGACCACGCCACCGGACACUGCCGCUGCUCGGCCGGAUGGACCGGUAUCCACUGCGACAGCGUGUGCACGGAGGGCCGCUGGGGCCCGAACUGCUCCCUGUCCUGCUCCUGUAAGAACGGGGCGUCGUGCUCUCCGGACGAGGGGACCUGUGAGUGCGCCCCGGGGUACCGAGGCACCACCUGCCAGAGGAUCUGCUCUCCAGGUUACUUCGGCCACCGCUGCAGCCAGACGUGUCCGCAGUGCGUCCACAGCAACGGGCCCUGCCACCACGUGACGGGACAGUGUGACUGUCUGCCCGGCUUCAAGGGAGCCCUGUGCAACGAGGUGUGUCCCAGCGGGCGCUUUGGAAAGAACUGCGCGUGGAGCUGCAGCUGCACCAAUAACGGCACCUGCCACCCGAUCGACGGCUCCUGCCAGUGCUACCCGGGCUGGAUCGGCAGCGACUGCUCCCAGCCGUGUCCUCCCGGCCAGUGGGGUCCCAACUGCAUCCACACCUGCAACUGCCACAACGGAGCCUACUGCAGCGCCUACGACGGAGAGUGCAAGUGCACCCCUGGAUGGACCGGCCUGUACUGCACGCAGCGAUGUCCUCUGGGCUUCUUCGGGAAGGACUGCUCUCGUACCUGCCAGUGUAAGAACGGAGCGGACUGCGACCACAUCUCUGGACAGUGCACGUGUCGCACCGGCUUCAUGGGGCAGCUCUGCGAGCAGAAGUGCCCUCCUGGUUCUUACGGCUACGGCUGCCGUCAGGUCUGCGACUGCCUGAACAACUCCACCUGCGACCACAUGACCGGCACCUGCUACUGCAGCCCGGGCUGGAAGGGAGCUCGAUGCGACCAAGCCGGCGUGGUGGUGGGCAGCCUCAACAGUCUGACCAGCGCCGCCAUCCACGUGGACACCUACCAGAUCGGCGCCAUCGCGGGGAUCAUCGUCCUGGUGCUGCUGGUGCUCUUCCUCCUGCUGCUCUUCGUCAUCUACAAGAAGAAGCAGAAAGGCAAAGAGCCCGCCAUGCCGGCUGUGACCUACACCCCGGCCAUGAGGGUCACAGCCGACUACACCAUCACAGAAGCUCACCCGUCACCAUGUGACGGCCAGCCCAGCAACUACUUCUCCAAUCCCAGCUACCACACCCUGACGCAGUGCGUCAGCCCUCUGCACGUCAACAACGCUCCGUACGUAAAGACCAAGAACAACCAGAUGUUUGUGAACUUGAAAAAUGUGUAUCAGAGGAAACUGAGUCCUGGAGACAACGGCGGCACGCUGCCUGCAGACUGGAAACAAGGGGACUGCUUCAACGAGCUGGGAGCUUAUGGGGUUGACAGCAGAUACAUGGGGAAGUCAUUAAGAGAUCUGGUGAAGGGCGCGCCCUACCACGCCAGCUCCUGCUCCCUCAGCAGCUCGGAAAACCCCUACGCCACCAUCAAAGACCCGCCGCUGCUGACGGCCAAACACACCGAGUGUGGCUACGUGGAGAUGAAGUCCCCGGCCAGACGCGACUCGCCGUACGCCGAGAUCAGCAGCAGCCCCACCGACAAACGCAACGUCUACGAAGUCGAGCCCACCGUCAGCUGCAUCCCGUCCACAGGCGAGGACCGCAGCCACAUGCAGUUUGGACAGGAUCCGUACGAUUUGCCAAAAAACAGCCACAUCCCCUGUCACUACGACCUGCUGCCGCCCAGAGAAAGUCCGUCCUCGGAGCUCAGGGAGCCGGACGCUGAAUGAUGCCAGACCAGGUUGGACCUCCAGCGCCAGGCUCACUCACACCAUCACCUGAUUUUACCUUUUUUUGUUGUUGUCGUUGCUAUGACGCCAUAUCUGGACUUUGAGUGGGUUUCUAUGUCCGGAGGCCGGUUCUGCGGCUGAUCCUUGUAUCAGUACCUGUGCUGUCAA